AUGUCAACUUAUAAAAGGUUCGGAUUUGUACCGAAUGGCGGACGUAUUUAUUAUUUAAGACGUUCACAACCACCAUUUCUCAUCCCAAUGGUAUAUGAGUAUUACGAGGCCACAGAAGAUAUCAAGUUUGUUCGAGAAAAUUUCGAUCAUCUCGUGAGAGAAUAUGAAUUUUGGGUGCAGAAAAGGUCAGUGAAAGUAGAAGAUAAGAAUGGAAAUAAACAUAUUGCAUAUCAGUAUCGUACUACUUCAAACGUGCCUCGUCCGGAAUCUUUCCGAGCUGAUAUUCAAGCUGCUCUAGAAAUCGGAGAAAAUGAGAGACAAAAAUUUUUUCAGAAUAUUGCAUCAGCGGCGGAAUCCGGAUGGGUCUUUUCGUCACGGUGGUUUAGAGAUCGAAAAACAAUGAAAACCAUUGAAACAACUAAUGUUUUACCAGUCGACCUUAAUGCAUUACUUUGUUGGAAUGUCAAUAUUCUCAAGUAUUUUGCUAAUAUUAUUGGUAAUGCGCAGAAAGCAGAAGAAUUUGAGAAAAAGGGACGAGAUGCUUGGAAAACCUUAAAUGCCAUAUUUUACAACGAUACAGGGAAAGCUUGGUUUGACUACAAUUUGCGCACCAAAUCGCACGAAGUCUUAUUCUAUCCUACCGUUGCGAUGCCUCUAUUCACAGGCUGUUACACAAUGUUGGACUACGACAAAUCGGCCAAAGUUAUUAACUUUAUGAACCGAUUGCACGUCUUUGAUUAUCCAAGUGGUAUACCAGCAAGUCUAAGUAAUACUGGGCAACAGUGGGAUUUCCCGAACGGUUGGCCUCCCCUGCAGCAUAUAAUCAUUGAAGGGAUGCGAAAAUCCGAUAAUCCAGAAGCUCAAGAAAUGGCAUUCAAACUAGCACGAAAAUGGAUAUUAGCCAAUUAUAAGAUUUAUAAUACAACCAAGAAAAUGUGGGAGAAGGUUGAUGUCAAUGGAACCAUUCCCAAGCCAGGAGCUGGCGGCGAGUAUGAUGUACAGGAUGGUUUUGGAUGGACAAAUGGUGCUAUCCUGGAUCUUCUUGUAACUUAUCGUGACCGAAUGACUAUUCGAGGCACUGACCAGAGUAUCUCUCAUAGAUCUACUAGACCAUGUCGUAGUGAAGCAUAUCACAUCCGUCACGACACAAUUAUAUUCAUAACACUUAGCGUCAUUGUUUCUUAUUUCUUCAGCUGUUAG